AGUAUUAACAAGGUAGAUGAUGAAUAGGUAGUUUUCUAUGUUUCUCUCUGGAGAAAAGAGAGAGACAUACAAUAGCCCAAGCUGUUGUUCCUUGUGAUUCCUUUUUCUCAUGAAGAGAACAUAGUGAUCUCUGGUGAGGCAAGGAGAAUCAGAAGAAUGGAGAAUUUGUCAUGUUUGCUCCAACCUUUUAAAGGGUGCUAAGUUCACUGCUAACUACUUCAGGAAAUUGCCUAUAAACAGCCUCAAAGAAGUUAGACACCUGCAAAGUGACAAGGCUGGAAGUAACGGGAGAUAACAGGAGAUACCAUGGAAGCCAUUGCAAAAUUUGACUUUAAUGCAUCAGGAGAGGAUGAGCUAAGUUUCCAAGCACGAGAUGUUCUGAAGAUCUUAAGCUCUCAGGAAAAUUGGUAUAGAGCCGAGUUGAAGAAUUAUGAGGGAUAUGUCCCAAAGAAUUAUAUUGAUUUUCAGAUUCCCAGCUGGUUCCAAGAGAGAGUAUCCCGCCACAUGGCUGAGACGAUGCUCAGGGAUAAAGGAGUUGGUGCUUUCAUAGUCCGAGCUAGUCAGAACUCCCCAGGAGAUUUCUCUAUCUCUGUCAGGCAUGAAGAGGAUGUCCAGCAUUUUAAAGUGAUGAAGGACACAAACAGCAAUUAUUUUCUAUGGAGUGAAAAGUUUCAAUCACUAAACAAACUUGUGGAGUAUUACAAGAAUGUUUCCAUCUCCAAAAACAAACAGAUUUUUCUAAGAGAAGAAACCAAGAAAGGAUCACAAGUAAACCUUAGAGAGGAAGCAUGUGAUAAGAACCAAUAUAAAAAGGAGCAGGAAGCACUCCAUCCAUCAAUAAAAGAUGCAAGACCAUCAGAGCACAAUAAAUAUGAGGACCCUUUUGCAUCUUGGCAUCAUAAGCAGAAUAGACAUGGCAGAAGCUUGGAUAUUCAAGAUCGGCCAAAGGAUUGUAGAGAAUCAAGUGUAACAUCUAUGUUCCGGAGACACACUGAUCCAGCACAACAAGUACAGAGGCCAAAAUGGGUCCGGGCCUUGUAUGAUUUUGAGGCGGCAGAGGGCGAUGAACUAGGAUUCUGCACUGGAGACGUCAUAGAAGUCCUCGACAACUCUGAUGAACAUUGGUGGAAAGGUUGUUUACAUGGAACGCUUGGACUCUUUCCUGCCAACUAUGUGCAGCCAAUUAACUAGUAAAUCGCCACUGUUUCUCAUGGGGGUUUAAUAAGAAUAUGCCAUUGUAUAAAUAGAAGAUACUCUUAAAAUGUCUGGUUAAUGUUCAUAGCUCCACAAUCUUAACUACUAUUAAUUAUUGUUCAAACACACCACCUUUUUUGCAGCUCACAUGUUCAGGAAGCACUGGGCUAUGGACAGCUUUGAUUCGUUUGAAACAUUAUAGCAGAAAAGUCCUUUUUGGAGCACUGUUAAACGCUCAAAUUCAUUCAGUACUUUUAAAAUUUUAGAAAGUAGAUUAAAAUAUAUAGCUAGUCCUCAACUUACAACCAUAACUAAGCUCAAAAUUUCUAUUGCUUAACAGUUGUUAAGUGGGUUUUGCCCCAUUUUCUUGCCACAGUCAUUAAGUCACUGCAGUUGUUAAAUUAGUAACAUGGUUGCUAAAUAAACCUGGUUUCUCCACUGACUUUGCUUGCCAGAAGGUCCCAAAAGGUGAUCACAUAACCCUGGCAACCAUCAUAAAUAUGAACCAAUUGCCAAGUGACUGAAUUUUGAUCACGUAUCUGUGGGGAUGCUGCAACAGUUAUAAAUGUGAAAAAUAAUAAUAAGUUCCUUUUUUUCAGUGCCAUUGUAACUUCAAGCAGUCACUAAAUGAACUGUUGUAAGUCAAAAACUACCUAUAUUUAAUUGUGCAAAUGUACAUGCAGAACUUUUAAUUUUUUAAAAAGGAAACAAAACAGAACAAAAUCCAAAAAAAUAUUUAAAUAAUAUUCAAUUUGUUGAUCUGUACACCUAUCAUUUGCAUUCAGUUUUCUGAAUGCAGCACAGUUGAGAAGAAUACAGUGCUCUUUCUAUCUUGGUUUGAACUGUCUUUCCAUACUCUGAUUCCCUACUUCUUAUAAGAUUAUAAAUUUCUAGUAAGAAAGCUUGCAAAAUUGCUCUGAUUGUUCUUCCAAAUAUUGUAAAGUAUACAUGCUUAUUUCACUGACCAAAGGCCUGAGAAUAUUAACAUUUUGCCCUGGAACUGGAGCAAAUGUUUCAUUUUAGAGUAAAUUUCUACUUCCUGAUACAUGGAAAGAACAAGCAAUCAGUUGUAGAAUUUGAACUGUAGCCACUAUGCUAAUAAUGCCUCUUACUUAACAUCACAUAGCUCCACAGCUGAUUCACAGGGCAAAUCUGCAAAGUAAACAUGUCUCAACUUUAUAUCUGAUAGUAAUAACUUCCUUCAAAGAAUAUUAGAAAUUCAAUUACAAUAAAUAUGCUAUUGGUCGUAAACUAUUAAUCCAAGGUUCGUCCUGUCUCCUCCCAAGUGAAGUCAAGCUCAUAUGACAAGAAAAAUAUUUAUCAGUAAUUAUAUUUACAUAAACUGUUCAUGUCAAUUUUUUUACCAUCGUACAUUUAUUAUUUUGUUGUGGUUCCUGAAUAAGUUCUCCUAGGCUGGUAAGAGAUGCUCCAAUGGAAGGUAUAUAAAGAAUGGAGUGGUUUAUAGAAAAACAGUAUAGAAUAAAAAAUUAAUGUUUUAGCAAUCUAGAUUCCCAAAAUAUACCACCCUUCUUCACAUUAGCCUUGUUUGGAUAUGAUGAUUUUAAAUGGGUAGCAUGACAGGGCUAUGUAUUCUAAUUGUAUCACCUAUAUUUUCUUAGCCCACUUAGAGUAGGCCGUAAUCCAUCCUACUUAAGGUUUCUUUCUGUCCUCCUCUCCUCUUGUACACACAAACAUUAUUUGAAUAGGCCCUGGAUUCUGUACUUCUGUACAAAUACCAAUAUGUUGUAGUUGUUGUUUUUUUAAAAAAUACUUUGUAUGCAAGGAAAUAUAUUUACCCCUGCUGUAGCAAAAUCUGGGUGGAACAUUUUCUGGUAGUGUUGAAACCUUCCACUUCCUCAAAAACAACUUGGAUCAAGCUUGUAACUCAACUUUACAAAAGCAUUAUAUACAGUGGUGGGAUUCAGCAGGUUUGGGCCGAUUUGGCCAACCGAUAGUUAAAUUGCUGACUGGCCCUGCCUCUCCCUGUCCCUUCCAGGGGUCCCCAUGUACCCCAUUUUGGCUCCCAGCUCUUGUCAAAGGCAAUAGGAUGAAAAGUACAGUAUUAAAGAAUUAAACCAAAUUAA